AUGGGGAGGGCCGGGGGCGAGGAAGGAGAGGCAGGGCCGCCGAUGUCAGUGCCACUAGCCGCGCCUCGGCGUCCCCGGCGGCGGAGAGGCGGCCGCCGCUGCUGCUGCUGCUGCUGCCGCCGCUGCUUCCCCACACCGAGCGCCGCUGCUGAUCAGCGGCCGCCGGAGACGUCCCGCCGCCUCGCUCGCCCGCGCUUGCCUCUGCCUCCCCGCGCCGCUCCUUCACUCACACAGGCACAGCCACGGAGCUCGGCAGACUCAGUCCCCGGCGCAACCUACCCUCCGCCGCCACCGCCGCCUCGGCCGCCGCCGCCGCCGCCGCUGCCGCCACCGCUCCCGCCUCCGCCUCCUCCCCUUCCUCCUCCCGGCCCCCGCCUCCAGCGCCGAAGCAGCCUCCUCCUCCCCGCGGAGCCCGCCCCCUGCUGCCCCCGACGUUGAAGCUGUGGGCGCUCAUUGGAUAGCAUGAGCGUCACUCACUGCCAGCGGCGCCCUCCCCUCUGGCCCCGCCUCCCGCUCCUCCUCGUCGUCCCCGCCCCUCGCUCUGUUUUCUCCUGGCUGCCAGUUCGGCGGGCCUGCUGCUUCCACCGCCCAGUGCCCCGCUCAGGUGUCACUGUUGCUGGCAGCCCGGGAUUAGGGAAGGAGAAAUGGGCAGAGGGUCGCGGCUGGGAGGAGAGAGGCUCUGCCAUGCCACCCCCCUAGCCCCAUUUGGCCUCCUUCCCUGGACCGCGCGCACACACACCCCGCGCCGCUUUGGCAACCGUGCCUUGCCGGCUUGGGUUAAGCCGCAGUGGCACUGCAGCCCAAGGCGGGUCCCCAUUCUGCUGUCCUCGCGUUGGAAAGAGUGUGAAGGAAAGAAUGGGAAGCUAAAGAGUGACUAUGACCCAAAUGUUCCCCUCUGGCCUGCUAAUGAGGAGCAGGUUUCCCUCAGCAAGAAGGUCACCUCGCCACAGCCCAUCUCCCCAACCAACCUCAGCCCUAAGGACCCAGGACCAGCAGAGGUCGGGGACAGGGAUUAAAGUUCAAACUCGAAGUUUUAGAAAUUGGCUGAUGACCCGAGUGUGGCUUCAGCAGUGUGGCCUGCAAGGAAUAGAAGCUCACAGUUGGAGGUUAGCUGAGCCUCCUGGGGGUCUUUUUAGCCAAAGGCUAUGUCCCUGACUCAGGGAGACUGCCACUGGGUCCAAAUUCUUCUGCCCAAUUCACAACUCUAAGAUUGUUAUGUGGUAAUUAGGCAAACAGUACAUUCAAUCAAUAUGAAUCCUGCUCUUUUUAUAUGCCAGACACUGUGAUCGGUAGUUCGUGUGGGAUGGGGGAAGAUUGAAAAGGGCCCUUGCAGGUGAUGAAGCCUAGUCCGGUAGAAAGGCCGUGAAGAUAUGAGUUCUGAGAGGACAGGGUAUUGCCUCAAGAAGGAGUUGUUGAAAACAGCCUCUUGAGCACAGGCAGGGCUAGUUGCUAAGGCAGAUUUGGGAAGUUGGCCCCUAGCCAGAUGGCACAGAGCGAGGCAAGGAUGCCAAGACCUGUAGGUGAAGAAGAGGGCCUGCUUGAGGAAAGAUCAGGAAACCAUGUCCAGGGAUGCUCGCUUCUAACUCGGCAAUGUUCUUUCCCGCAUACUGCAAGCAGAGAUACAGUUCCCACCGAUAUUUGGGCUCACUUUUCAGAUACUGGGGGAAAAAAAAAAAAAAAAACCAGUACCAAGCUCAGAGGCUUAAAAUGUCAGCACCAUAGAAUAGUUUUAUGAUGCAGAUAGGAAAUAAAGGCACACCUUUCAGGCACACCCUUCAGUCCGCUACAAGUCUAGGACACCUCCUAGCUGAAAUAUGUGUGGGAAAAAAUGUUAUGAAUCAUAAUCACUUUACAACACAUCUUAUUAUCAUCAGGUGCCUUUAAUGCAUGUGUCUGGUUCCACACUGUUGCAACACAGACACAUCUUCCUAAUGAAAAUUGGACCCUACCCCAAGGAAAACUAGACAGCAGCUUAUUAACUAGAGACCAAUUAUGUCCACAUAGCGGGCCUACUGACAGAGCCAAAUCAAAGGUGUUUUUUUAGAUGUCUUACUAUCUCGCACUGUCAUGUUUCUUUUUAUCCUGUUAGACUGCCCAGACUGUCUUUGAUUAUAUUACCAUUUGCAUCAGCUCACCUUAGACAUGGAAUUUACAUUUUCAAGAAGUUACUGCAAUUCCUGGAUACUGAAUUCAACAAUAUCCUCUGUUUGUGAAGAAAAAGAGAAAAAGUGAAAAAAAAAAAAAAAAAAAAAACUUGGCAAAAAAACCUUACUGUCUACCAAAAAUUACAUUUCCCCUUCUUUAGUAUACUCUCUGUGAAGCAUCUAGCUAGGUAAGGACUCCGUUUCCCACCUGCACCUGCUUGCAUCUGAGUGGGUCCAUGUGACUAGUUCUGGUCAAUAAGCUGUGGGCUGAAGUGUUUCAUCACUUUUUGACGAGGCAGUUAAGCAGCAGAUAUGCAUUCUCCAGCCUAUGGGCUCCCAUCUCUAGCUGAAUUCAGAGACUUCUAGGGUCCUAGACAGGGUGUAACCUCACAUGGGAAGAGCUGAGUGCCUAAACUACCACAUAGAGCAAUGCUGCCCACUUACUAAAAAUAUCACUUUAGCACACAAAAGUUACAAUGUUAGUUCAAAAGUAAAGCCCAGAAUUUAUUGUGUAUCUGUUAUAUAAGAGAAUUACCAGGAGACUAAAAAUAUGUUUACUUUUGAAUACAUGAACAUAAAACUUUGAUUUUUAUAAAUGAAUUAUUGAUUUGCCAGUUGUAUUUUGAACACCUGUCCUGUGCUAGGUAGUACAUAAAUGUAUAAAGGAUUCAAGAUUAAUCCUUUUAUUCAAAUAUCUCAAAGUAUAUGUGAGUUGCACAUAUACUCUCUAUGCAAACAUUUAGGUAUAAGGUGCUACUUCAUCUAAAGUAAUUAUGAAUACAAAUAUAUAUGAAAAAAAAGAAAAUAUUGAGAAUUUGGAGUCACCUAUGCAUUCAAAUGCUGCAAGUCACAGUUUACCUCCAUUGGUACAAAUUAUAGUAAAUGGAUAAAAUGUUAAUUUGCUAUUAAGUGUUCUACUACAUCUAGAAACUUUUUAAAGGAAAAAACAGUAAAGAUAUUUCAUUUUAUAUCCUGUUUUGAGAAUGACUGGCUUUGAAAUUUUUUACUUUCCUUUUGGUUCUUGAUGAAGUACUAUCAUUUUGACAAUAAGAGUUGAAUAGUAGCUUCUGGUUUUGACUCAUCUGAGGCACACACUUCAUUCUGAGUAGCUGAUGGCAGACAGCAGUAUGUCUGUCCUAUUCUCACCUGAGUUGAUGGAGCAAAGUGCUGAAGAAACUGCAGAAUAUACAGCCAAUCCUGAUGGAGCCAUGAAUCUGUAUGAAAGUUAAAUUUAUUAUCUUAAAGCUAAUUCCUCUGACAUUCACAUUUAACAUGUUCUACCCUAUUCUCUAUAGAAGCUCUAUGAAAAAUAUAUUCAAAAUGGAUUUUAUUUGAGAUUUAUAGUAAAAGGCCUUCUUUUUAUUUAGCUUUUGGAUUGCUCUUGAAAUUUUAUUGAACCAUGUUUUUUUUCCACAAGUUAGUUUUACUCAUUUGGGAAAGUUGUUAUAACUAAUGUGUUCAGGAGUAAAUUUAUUUGUUCAUUUUGGUUUUUUUUUUUUUCCAGUCAGGAACCAAACUAUAACUUAUGGAAUUGUAUGCUAAGUUCAAUAUAGAGAGGAUAUGUUUUAUGUAAAAUUUGGCAAGGCUAUGGGCAAUCAUUAAUUUGCAUUUAAUAAAUAUUUAUAUUUGUUUUAUUUA